AUGGCAGAAGAUGAGGUAGCACAAAUCAUUGUCAACAGCUUGUACAAGGCAGGAGUCCGCACCGUUUUUGGCGUCCCAGGUGCCAAAAUCGAUGCCAUUUUCGACUGCUUGUCGGACCACCCUGAGAUCAAGCUCAUCGUCUGUCGACAUGAGCAGAAUGCAGCCAUGAUGGCAGCAGGAACAGGUCGCAUCACAGGCGUACCAGGCGUCUGCAUUGCCACUUCCGGUCCGGGAGCAUCGAAUCUUGCCACUGGUCUUGUCACUGCCACGACAGAAGGCGAUCCUGUGGUUGCUCUUAUUGGUUCCGUUCCUCGGUUGUUGAACACCAAGCGGACACACCAGAGCAUGAAAGCUCUCGAGAUCUUAGGUCCCACAGCCAAGUCUGCCACCAAUAUGGACGUCGCAGACCAAGCCGCCGAGAUCAUUCUCUCAUCGUUUCGGACAGCGAACACAUCCCCGAAAGGUGCUACCGUCGUCUCGAUACCUAUGGAUGUCUCCAAGGAGAAGUCUAAGAUCCUUCCCUUUCCGACCGAAGCCUUCGCACCGCCGCGUUAUGGACCGGCACCACCCCAAGCCAUCGACUCCGUCAUCUCGAUGCUCGAGAAAGCCAAAUUUCCUGUCAUCUACCUGGGCAUGCGUGCUUCAUCGCCUCUAGUGGUUGAUGCAGUCCGAGCCCUCCUCAAAAAGUUUCCCUUACCAACAGUUGAGACCUUUCAAGCCGCCGGCGCUGUCUCGCAGGACCUCGCAGAACGCCUCUUCUACGGCCGCAUUGGCCUGUUCCACAACCAAGCCGGCGACAAACUGCUUGCCAAAUCUGAUCUCGUCCUCGCCGUCGGCUACGACCCUGUUGAAUACGACGCCAACGUCUGGAACCCGUCCGGCAGCCUCAACAUCGUCCACAUCGACUACACCGCCUCCGACUACGACAUCCUGCUCUCCCGCCCCGAACUCAAAGCUACCUCGGGCAAAGUUCAUCCACUCCUCUUUGUCCAACGACUGCAAAAACUUGUCUCGCCAACCACAACCGUCACCGUCGACGUCGGCACGGUAUACAUCUACAUGAUGCGCUUCUUCUUCGCCUACGAGCCCCGCCGCUUGCUCUGCUCCAAUGGCCAGCAAACUCUCGGCGUCGGCCUUCCCUGGGCCAUCGCUGCCUCCUUGGCACAAAAUCCACCCUGCUCCGAAAAAGUAGUCAGCUUGAGCGGCGACGGCGGGUUCAUGUUCUCCUCCCAAGAACUGAGUACCGCGGUGCAGCAGAAAUGCAAUAUCACACAUUUCAUCUGGAACGACGAGGCCUUCAAUAUGGUGGAGUUCCAGGAGGAGAUGAAGUAUGGAAGAAGCUCGGGGGUGAAGCUGGGAGGGGUGGAUUUUGUGAAGUUUGCUGAGAGUUUUGGCGCGAGGGGCUAUAGGGUUGAGGAUGUGAGUGAGCUUGAGUCGGUCAUGAAGGAGGCGCUUGCGUUUGAGGGCGUCAGUCUGGUUGAUGUGCGGGUGGACUAUGCUGGGAAUGCGGAAUUGGCGAAGAAGGUUAGGGAGGAUGAGUGGAACUGA